AGUUUCGCUUGUUCCUCUGUGGCUCAAGCAAAAGACCUGUGAGAAUGCCAUGGUGGCACUAACACUGAGGCCGCCUUGGGCGGCUUUGGUGCUAUGGGCGGCUUGGCUUCUGCCUUGCGCGCAGGCAGGCUGGGAGCUGGGAGCCCAAGGUGUCUCAUGUACAACUGUGUGUUCUGAUGCGGGUGGACUCACAUGCUCUGCCACUGGAAACCAACAACUGAACAGCAACUUCGAGUUUGACUAUGUCUUUGCGGAGCUGGUGACUGCAGGGCAAAUCCCUGCAGAGUAUGCCACGUGUGACUCCUAUCAAAACCUGGAGGAAUGGCUGGACGCACAACCGGGGACCUAUUUCGUGGAUCCCAACACGCUCUACGUGCCGCCGGUGUGCUUCCAAUAUUCCGCGGCGAGUACCUGCGCAGGGACCAAUACGGCAAUGCGGCGUAUUUGCUGCUGUUUGUCGAGUCCGGGAGCUGAUCUCUCUUCUGAGUGCUUCGUGCCCACCACGACCACCUCCACCGCCACGACGGAAACCACCACCAGUAUCACAUCCAUCACCUCUUCCACAACCCAGACCUCGACCAUCACCACAGAGACCACCCUCACCACCAGCUCGACGACAAGCAUAACGGCCACAACAACUGUGGUGACCACUAGUGCGACCACCACCGCGACCAGUGUGACCGAGACGACCACGAGUACCAGCGUCACCACCCUGACGGCGACCACCAGCUCCACCAGCAUGACCACCAGCUCCACCACGGUGACGACGGAGACCACGCUGACGGGCACCAGCACGAGCGUGACCACGACGCUUACCACGCAGACCUCGGUGACGUCGUCCUCGGUGACCACGACCUCGACCUCGGUGACUCAGAGCGCUACGAGCACCAGCUACACCAGCACCACCACCACGGUGACGUCUGGGGCCGUGACGCUGAUCUCGGAGAAUGUGUUAGCCGGCGAGAACCGGAUCCCGGUGUCGGACCGCACGGGCUUCUCCGAGGGUGACAUGAUCAAGAUCAAGCGUGACGUGGUCAAGAUCGAGAACAUCACCGAAGUGGGGGUCCGGCGCCUCGAGGGAGGACGGCGCCUGGCCACCGUGGCCUACCUGGAGGUGACGCCUCCCAUCUCCCAAGACUACGUGGCGGGCGAUUCGAUCUCGAACCUGGGGCCGGCAGAGAACUACGUGGGAAGCGAUCCCAUUACGUUCCACGGCGGUCAGAAGUACAAGUUCUGGCUACCGAAUCACCAGGAGUUCAUGUUGCUGGAGACCAACGAAGUGAAGGUCUUUGGUACAGUCUUCCCAGGAGUGAAGCCGGAUCAACAAUGGUUCGGAAACUUCCGGGUGGUCCUGUCUGAUCAGGCUCCAGUGGUUGAGGUGAACGUCAAGAGACCCACCUCGAACCAGACCAGUGGCACGCGCUGUGCCUCGCGGCGGAUGGAGUCGAUGGACGUCUUCCUGGGCAGAUCGAAGUCGGCCCUGCGCGAAGUGCAGCGUCGCCCCAUGGAGUUCACCGCAGGCGAGUCUGUGCGCUUUGCCAUUGACUGCCGAAAGCAGGACCGCCCGCUGCUGGCCUCUGCCAAGACGGAGUACAUCCACGUCGAAACUCCAUCGAUUGUCUUCUUGAUCGUGGCGGCUCACGCGGGCAACGAGUUCCCCGACGAUCCGAGGUUGCAGCUGAAGUACAUGCAUCUAGAUCUGCUGAUCCUCGAGAUGCCGCGGAAGCAUGAGUUCGGAGGCAUUCUUCCUGAGAUUUGGGACAUCAAGCCACGCUCGCCUCUGGUCACUGCGAUGCUUCAGCCGCCUGAGCCUGUGCAGGUGUGUGAGGCCAAGAUGCCCAACUGCGAUGCUUCAGCUCGAAGAAGCUGAGCGGAGCUUCUUCUCGGAGCUUCUCGGAACCGGCCCGUCGCUUUUGUGGAACGGUGCAGCACCCCGGGGCAGAUGGAGAGGACAAAGAGCCAUCGAUUUGAUCGAACGGAAGCUGUACCGAAAAAGAAGGUCCAUCCUGUUUCACAGCUGGAAGAGUUGCGAGAUGAUGCGACCAUUCAGCAACAGACGAAAG